AUGCUUGAUGAAGGUGAAAUGUUUUGGGAUGAGGUUGUUAAUGGCAACAAGCAGAAGUCAGCUGCAAAGACAGUGUUGAUCGUGUAUGCGCACCAGAGUGCUGGAUCUUUCAAUGCAGCCAUUAAAGAUGCUGCUGUAGAUGUGCUGAAGAAACAGGACUGCAAUGUUCUUGUGUCUGACCUGUAUGAAAUGAAAUUCAAGGCCACAGCAACCAAGGAGGAUAUUACUGAAGCAGUGAAGAACCCAGAACAUUUCUGCUAUGGAGAGGAGACCAUGCUGGCCUGGCAGGAGGGACGACUAGCUUCUGAUAUUGUAGAGGAGCACAAGAAACUAAAAGAAGCAGAUAUUGUUAUUUUUCAGUUUCCCAUGUACUGGUUCUCGGUUCCUGCCAUCAUGAAAGGCUGGAUGGAUCGGGUUUUUACCCUUGGUUUUGCAUACACCUCGGAAAAGCGCUACAGUGCAGGCAUCUUCAGGGAAAAGAAAGCCAUGUUGUCAUUCACCACUGGUUCCCAUGAGACCAUGUUCAGCUCCAAUGGGAUCAAUGGAGAUAUUAAUGUCACUCUGUGGCCAGUUCAGAAUGGUGUCCUCAAUUACUGUGGCUUCCAGGUCCUCGCACCACAGGUCUUCUGGGCACCCACACAUCUCUCUGCUGAGGAUCGUGACAGCCUGUUGAAAGACUGGCGUACUCGUCUUCAAGGUCUUUUAAGCGAAGUGCCUCUCUCCUUCCCACCCGUAGACAGUUUUGAUGAGGUGGAAGGCUUUCAGCUGAAGCCUGAAGUUCAUGAAAAGCAGGCUGAUUCCCCCUUCGGUCUCACUGUGGGUCACCACCUGGAGAAACCUCUGCCACCGCACAGUCAGAUGAAAGCUGGGGUAUGAGAUAUGAGCAACUGUCCCCAUGUGGCCAUGUUCCUGUUUAACUGUCAUGAAGCUUAAUUUUUUUUUUAAUGUGAAUAAA